AUGGGGGAGUCGAUCCCGCUGGGCGCGCCGGUGCCGGUGGAGCAGGCUGUGCUGGAGACCUUUUUCUCCCACCUGGGCAUCUUCUCCUACGACAAGGCCAAGGACAAUGUGGAGAAGGAGCGGGAGGCCAAUAAGAGCGCUGGGGCCAGCUGGCUGGCCCUUCUAGCCGGGCUGGCCCACCUGGCCGCCGCCGAGAAGGCCUACCACAGCAUGACCUUCCUGGGCCAGAAGCUAGGUGGUCAGUCAUUCUUCAGCCGAAAGGACUCCAUCCGAACCAUCUACACAUCUCUGCAUAAUGAGCUGAAGAAGGUGGUGGCGACGGGUCGCAAUGCACUAGGAGGAACAGCUCCUCACUUGGAAGAGCUGCUUUCUCACCUGUCUGAACAGCUCUGUUUUUUUGUUCAGGCUCGUAUGGAAAUUGCUGACUUCUAUGAAAAAAUGUACACGCUCAGCACCCAAAAGUUCAUUAACUCUGAGGAACUGGUAAACAUUUUGGAAUCCAUCUUAAAGAAAUAUAGCUCAAGAUUUCAUCAUCCAAUCCUCAGUCCUCUUGAAAGCAGUUUCCAGCUGGAAGUAGAUGUGCUUGCACAUCUCUUAAAGGCUCAGGCUCAGAUCUCAGAGUGGAAGUUCCUUCCAUCCCUGGUCAACCUGCACAGUGCUCACACAAAACUACAGACUUGGGGCCAGAUUUUUGAGAAACAGCGAGAAACCAAGAAGCAUCUGUUCGGAGGGCAAUCUCAGAAAGCUGUACAACCUCCACAUCUCUUCCUCUGGCUGAUGAAGCUCAAAAACAUUCUCCUUGCCAAGUUUAGCUUUUACUUUCAUGAGGCCCUGAGUCGACAAACAACGGCAUCUGAAAUGAAAACUUUGACUGCUAAAACAAAUCCUGAUUACUUUGGGAAAAUUUCCAGCUUCAUCCGGAAGUAUGACGCCGUCAAUGUUUCCUUAAUUUUUGACAAUCGUGGAUCAGAAAGUUUUCAGGGACAUGGCUAUCAUCACCCCCAUUCUUACAGGGAAGCCCCCAAAGGAGUGGAUCAGUACCCUGCUGUGGUGUCUCUGCCUAGUGAUAGGCCUGUUAUGCACUGGCCCAAUGUAAUUAUGAUUAUGACUGAUAGAACCUCUGACCUCAACAGUCUGGAGAAGGUUGUUCACUUCUAUGACGACAAAGUCCAAAGCACAUACUUUUUGACUCGCCCUGAACCUCACUUUACCAUUGUAGUUAUUUUUGAGUCAAAGAAGUCAGAAAGGGACUAUCAUUUUAUUUCUUUUCUCAAUGAAAUUUCACAUUCCCUUAAGAACUCCAAAGCUUUUGCAAGCUUGAAGCCUGGAUCCAAAGGGUAAAACACAAACUUCUGGUUGUCAAGGCAGCAUGACAGCCUUGGGGGAUCUAUAGCUUUCAAGGAUUACAUAAUGAUAAAUUAAUGGUUCUUAGAGCCUAAAUAAAAAGGAACCAUUAUCUUUAAUGUCAUAAGUUCCUUUUUUUUUUAAUUUAAUCUAACACUUGGAAAGUAUUUUGGGGCAGUACUUACCAAGGUUACUGAAUUAUGGGGUAUUAAUGGCAACAGCAGGAUUUUUUGGUGUGGUUUUCUAUUUCCAUUAUGAUUUUUUUUUUCAGUCCACAACUUUGUUGCCUGUAUCAGAAAGGAAUAUGAGCACUUUAUCUGAUUGUGCACUGUCUUCUACAGAGUUUAUUGAAAAUGUGGUGAGGAUGGAAGAUGCUGUCUCUUCAGAAAACUGCGUUCUGUGACAGGAAUGAUUUUCUGGGAACUAAACACUGAUACAAGGGAAUAUUAAAAAAAUUCAACCUGCAGGGACACAUUUUAAAUAAAAAGGCAAGAAUCACAAAAGGCACUGUUGUUGAUUGCAACUUAGUUUCCAAAUGAUCUAAAAUGAUAAUUGAGGUCUCUGGCACUCUGUUAAGCACCAAUCUAUUCUGAACAUUUGGUGUCAUAAAGCUUUGUCAUUGCUCUAUAAUGCGGGCUGAGCAAGAAAAACUGCAGCAUGGGCUGGAAGGCCACUAUUCACUGGAGCAUUGUGACAUUGUGUGUCCAGUACCAGUCUUGGCUCAAAUUAACUGAAGGAGAUAAGCUGAAGUUGAUCAGGUGUUCUGAAAGGAGCCAUUCCAGGGAAAAAGCAGUAAAGCUCUUUUCACAUUGUGCUUUUUGUCUGGUUAACUUUAAAAAACAAACAAGCUGUAGGAAAUGCCCUUCGAAAAUGAGUUAUUUUAUGAUUUGCUGUUGAGAUCAACCUGGAUUUGUCUUUAGAUAUUUGUAAGCAUUUAUUUCUUUCCAGUUUUAAAUAAUUUCUCAUCAGAGCCAAAACACUUGAAAUUUGGGUUUAAAUAUAUAGCCUAUGCAGUAUG